GCCAUAAGUACAACUGUACAAGCCCAUCCACUGUGUUGGCAGCGAAAGGAAGAGACAAGAGGCUUCACAUCGAGACUCAGCUUCACCUGAUUUAAUCUGUCAUGCUCCGUUAAAAUCGACUUUCACCAAUAGACGACGAUUGUUUUCCCUGCAAUUAGAAAUUUUUUCAUUAGGGUUUCAGUGUUUGGUGAUGGAUGAUUUCUCCAUUUUGUUGAGUUAAUAAAAGUACUGGGAACAUUCACUUUGGAAGAGGUGGCAUAUAUACGCAAAAUUCAUGUCACAAUACUCAGAGGCAGUGGUCCUAAUGUUGUUCAUGAAUUACUGAUCACUCAUCACUAUGUAAGCAAAAUGUUUGUUGGAAGUCCGCAGUAAGUAGGUACCUUCGUUUGUUUCAGAUUCGAUUUGUGGAAGUCGAGUAGGCACUGCAGUUCUGCGGGCAUAGAUGGGUUUUGGGACACUGAGUUUAUCCGUGGUGGUCCGAUUUGAGGCCACUAAUUUCAAUGGUUUGCCCCCAUCUCGGUCGUCCAAUUCGUUGCCUCAUCUCUCGUUCACAAAGCCAUCUUGGGUUGUGAGAACGGAGUCUAAUGUUCGGAAGAAAAGAAGAAAGAAGCCAGAUCCGCAUUGCGUGGUAUGUGAGGGGAGUGGAAGAGUUGAUUGUCACCAGUGUCAUGGAAAGGGGAGGACAAACCAGGUUCAUUUGGAAAUGCUCCCGAAAGGUGAAUGGCCAAAAUGGUGUAGGACUUGUGGUGGAAGCGGUCUUAGUUACUGCUCCCGCUGCCUUGGGACUGGAGAGUAUAGGUAUAUCAUGGGCUUCCAGUUCAUGAACAGGGACAAUAAUCAAUCCCAAGAAAACAAGUCUUAGCUUCUUUUUUUUUUUGUCAGGGAUGAUGGUAUUUGGUUCAAGGUAUUAGAGAAUGUCUUGGUACAGCAGCUUUACUUGUAAUUGCUGAAUGAUGAGUCUCAAUCACAGUAUGAAAACCUUGAUAAAUAGAUUGUUCCAACUCUCACCUCCCAAUGCAAUUUGAUCUUACCUUGCA